GUUUAGUAUGUGGUGGGAAGUGAAUGCACGAUACUUUGGGAAAAACCACGUCAGUCUUUUCCAAACUCCCCUAAAUCCGUGAUAAAAGAGUGAUAACGUGAAGAAAUGUGCGUUGUAGUUCCUUCGUGACACGCCCUUGCAAUUCAACAAUGACCAAGAGUGUUUUAGAAGAGAUAAAAUCAUCAAAUUGGAGGCGAAAAAUGGAUCACAUCGUACACUUUGUUAUCUUCUUCAUGGGCAUUUUCUGCUCACUCUGUGUGAUUUUUUUCGCCAAGCACUACUCCAUUGGUGAGAGGAGUAAGUUUACCCUUCCCGCGGAAAACUUCCUGCAGGUCAGGGAGGAUUUUCACGUGAAGAAAUUCCUGGAUCCCCCGAAGACAGUAUCAACAGCUGCUGAUGUUGGACAGAAGAAUGAAGCUCUGUCCAUUAUAAAGAUUGCUGAGGAAUUCAAAAAUGACGGCAAGGAGGAUAAGGCUUUGAAGCUCUUUGAGCACGCCAUUGCUUUGGCGCCAAAACAUCCUGAAAUCCUCACGAAAUUUGGAGAAUUUCUCGAACAUUCCCAACGUGAUGUCGUUAAAGCUGAUCAGCUCUACUUCCAGGCGCUCAUUGUAAAUCCCAAGCAUGAAUCUGCAUUGCAGAAUCGACAGAGAACGGCUAAUAUUGUCGAUAGUUUGGAUCAGGAAACUCUGGCGGAGUUGGAUAGCAAAAGGGAUGCUCUGUCGCAGAUACAUGAAUCAAGUGCAGCCCUGAGGAGAGCUAAGAAGGAAGCCUACUUCCAGCAUAUCUACCAUUCGGUGGGAAUUGAAGGGAAUACAAUGUCUCUUUCUCAAACACGCUCAAUUCUCGAGACGAGAUUAGCAGUUGCUGGGAAGAGUAUAGAUGAGCAUAAUGAGAUUCUGGGGCUUGAUGCUGCUCUGAAAUACAUAAAUGCCAGCCUUGUUAAUAGAAAUGAUUUUAUAAACCUGAAAGACAUCCUGGAGAUUCACAAGAGAGUCCUGGGACAUGUAGACCCUAUUGAGGGUGGUGUAUUGCGCACAACACAGGUUUACGUUGGGGGUCAUAUCCCUCCAGGUCCUGGAGACCUGCAAGUUCUAAUGAAUCGCUUUGAACAGUGGCUGAAUUCCCCACAAGCUCAGAGUUUGCAUCCUGUUAAGUUAGCUGCUCUGGCGCACUACAAACUCGUCCAUAUUCAUCCUUUUGCGGAUGGGAAUGGCCGAACGUCGCGACUCUUGAUGAACACCAUCCUCAUGAGAGCUGGCUACCCACCAGCAAUCAUAGCUAAGCAGCAACGGUUGCAGUAUUACGAUGCGCUGCAGACGGCCAAUGAGGGAGAUGUCCGGCCGUUUGUAAGAUUCAUUGCAGAGUGCACAGGAAGGACUCUUGACUUGUAUCUGUGGGCCACAGGAGGGCUCACACCACAAAUCCCCAUAAUGGCAGAGCAGGAAGAUGCAGGAAUGGUGCUAAAAAUCGAUCCUGUUGCCGAAGGAAGUGGCGAAAAUGUAAUCAGGGAUGCAACGAACGGUGGAUGACAUCUGGAGAAUGUCUUUUUGUUGCUCAGGAUGUUUUUUUGGUUCCUUACCCGAUUAGUUGGGACUGUUUUAAUAUUUUGGGCCUUGAUGGCUAGUUAGUUAUUUAUUGUAAAACUGUAAAUAAAAACAUUUAGAAUAUUUAAAAAUAUUUUAAUGUUAAAUAUUUUAAUUCCUUGAAGGAAAUUUAAAAAAAAAUUAUAAAAAAAUUAACGGAAAUUGGCAGGAAGUCCAAUGGAUACGAA